AUGCCCAUUCCCAGAGCUGGACCUCACCUGGAUGAGCAGAGGAACGCCGUCCUCUGGGAAGACUUGGCCAAGCGGGAGCGCGAGAUCGCCUUGGCAGACACGACCGAGAGACAGAUCCAGGAGGAGAGUGAGGACGACACAAGGGAGGAGAAGGCAUAUACACCAAGUUACAGUCAGCUGGAUGCCAAGGCACUGUUGAAAUACAGAAUUCUCCAGAUGUCUUCCAACAAUGACCUGGUUUUAACCCACAUGUCCCAAAGAAACUCUGAUGACCAACCUGGGACGACCACCAGUGACCAGAAAGGGCCUGUGUUAAAUUUUCACAACAUCUGUUAUUAUGUAAAAGAGAAGAGAGGCUUUCUGUUUAAUCAGAAAACAACUGAGAAACAGAAACUAUCAGAUCUCAAUGGAGUCAUGAAACCUGGCCUUAAUGCCAUCAUGGGACCCUCAAGUGGAAGCAAAUCUUUGUUGCUAGAUGUCUUAGCUGCAAGGAAAGAUCCAAGGGGUUUAUCUGGAGAUGUCUGGGUACAUGGAGUACCUGAGGAGGAAUUCCAAUGUUAUUCAGGAUAUGUGUUACAGGAUGACGUCAUGUUGGCAACCUUGACAGUGGUAGAAAACUUGUGGUUCUCAGCUUCUCUUCAGCUUCCAACAACUAUGACUAUCCUGCAUAAAAAAAAUAAGGAUCUACAAGGUCAUUACAGAGUUAAAUCUGAGAAUUCUAAGGUGUAAUCUAAAGAAUUAAGAAAAGUGACUAGUAUAGGAAUGGAGCUGGUCCUUGAUCCUUCUAUCUUGUUCCUGGAUGAGCCCACAACUGGUUUAGACUGGAACACAGCAUAUAAGGUCAUUAAACUCCUGAAAAGCAUUUCAAAGCAGGGACGAAUAAUCAUCUUCACCAUUCAUCAGCCUUCAUAUUCCAUCUUCCAGCUGUUUGACAGCCUUACCUUAUUGGCCUCAGGAAGAUUAAUGUAUCACGGUCCUGCAAAGAAGACUUUGGAGUACUUCAAAUCAGCAGGUUACUUCUGUGAUAGCUAUAUCAGCCCUGCAGAAUUCUUCAUGGGUGUCAUUACUGGUACAAUAAAGAGAGAGUCAGAAGACCAGGAAGCCAACAAGACUGAAGUGCCUUUGAGUAGAAAAGAGUCAAUAAUAGAAGCAUUAGCUGGUUUUUAUGCCAAAUCCUCUCUAUACGAAGAAACUAAAUCUGAACUGGAUAGAUUCUCAAAGGAUCAGAACAAGAGGAGCUUACUCAGGAAGGAGAUCUCCUAUGUUACUCCAUUCGGUCAUCAGUUUACAGUCAUCACCUGGCGUUCAUUCCAAAGUUUGGUGGAUCAUCCCCAGACCUGGAUAGCUCAGAGCAGCAGUGCUGUUCAUCCUGAUGGUCCACCAGUGUCUCAACAGCGUGUUUGCUGUGAAGCUCUUUAG